GUUCAAACCUUUUAAUUGGAUGAAUGAGAAGACCCCAUACCAAAAAUAGUGAAAGAAUCUGAUAUCCAGUCCUGUUUUUAUGUGGGACAGAUGGAGAAGAUGAGAUCGGAUGAAGCAAUGGACUCUGAGAUAUGGAGACGCAUACCCAAAGAUCUACUGGAACGCGUCCUUUCAUUUCUGCCAUUGAAGACCUUCUUGAGCUUGAGAUCAACCUGCAAACACUUCCACUCCCUCCUCUUCUCUCCUCCCUUCAUCACCACCUACUCCUCCUCCCCUUCAUCCACUCCCUUUUCCUCCUUCUUCCUGCUUUCCCACCCCCAGUUUUCCCGAAAAUACCCUCUGUUCGACACCGUACACGGCAGCUGGCGCCACCUCUCCAUCUCCCUCCCCUCCCCUGUUCUUCUGUCUUCCUCCAAUGGCCUCCUCUGUUUCUCACUCCAGAACUCCCAUUCCUUCAUCAUAUCCAAUCUCAUCUCAAACACUUCCAGGCUCGUGAAAUUCCCGAUCCUGCCCUUCUCUAUAGACUCCCUCACCCUCGUCUCCCUCCCCGACGGAAGCUACAAGAUCCUCGUCAUCAAAUCUUCCCUGCCGCCGUGGAAGUCAACCUUCGUCUACGACUCCUCUGACCAUUCCUGGCGGAAGUUCCAAGAUUUCAAACCGGCCCUCGCCAAUUGCAUCAAUCACCACCAGGAAGGGAUCCUCCAUCGCGGGUCCUUGCACUUCAUCACCCCCGAACCGUUCCGCGUGUUCUGCUUCGAUUUAGACGCCGGGGAGUGGCAGAGGUCGGCGAUGGAGAUGCCGGUGGCGGAUCUGACAUUCGCCCGGCUGGUUAGCGACGCCGGCGGCGGGAAGCUGUACCUGGUUGGCGGGGUGGGGAGGAAUGGGAUUUCGAGGAGCAUGAAGCUGUGGGAGAAGAAGGAAGAAGGCGGCGGCGAGAGGUGGGCGGAGGUGGCGGGCGACAGUGUGCCGGAGAUGAUGUGCCGGAAGCUGAUGUCGGUGUGCUACCAUAACUAUGAGCAUGUGUACUGCUUCUGGCAUCAGGGGUUGGUCUGCAUUUGCUGCUACACCUGGCCGGAGAUUCUGUACUAUAAGGUGUCGAGGAAGACAUGGCAUUGGCUUCCGAGGUGUCCAUCCUUGCCGGACAAAUGGAGCUGUGGUUUCAGAUGGUUUUCUUUCGUUCCUCAGCUCUACGCCUCUGUUUAGGACAAUAGGACCAAAUUCGUUUGGGUUUCCCCUGUUUUGGAUUUCUUAGAAAAAAGAACAAAUGAAGGAUUUUUUCAUUAAAAAAGGAUUUGCGCUUCCUUAUGUUUUUCUACUAUGUAUAUUAGAUUCACACCGUGAUGCAUGCCACAAAAAUAAGAUGUACUCUCCUCAUUUCUUAGAAUUGAAUCACAAACUUUGACCGAA